UAGUAUUUUAGAAGCGAUCAUGGGGCGAAGAGUCCAUGUCGUAUUUGUUAUUGCAUGAAAUGCUUCAUACCUGCUUGCCUAGCAUACGAUAAUUGAUAAUACUGCUACUUAUUCUAUUUCAUCAUGUCUCAUUACGAAGAAGUAAAGGUCCAUGGAUAUGAUGAAUUUUGCAAAGCAGUGUCUGAGAGGAAAGGAAAGAACAUAUUUGCAUAUUUCUCUGGUGAUAAAGACGCUCAAGGGUUGAGCUGGUGUCCAGAUUGUGUGAAAGCUGAGCCAGUUGUUAGAGGAGAGAUGUCCCACCUUCCUGAGGGCUCAGUCGUCUUCUACUGUCAGGUUGGAGAGAGGCCAUAUUGGAAGGAUCCCAAUAAUGAAUUCAAGAAGACUCUGAAGCUCAGUGGAGUUCCCACUCUGAUCCGAUAUGGCACGCCUCAGAAGCUGGUUGAGGAGGAGUGCUUCAAAGCUGACCUGGUGAGGAUGAUGUUCACUGAGGACUAGAGGGCUACAGAGGACAACACUCACCCUGCACUUGGUCAUCUUCCAUUUCCCUCUCUCCUGAGAUCCAGUCCCAGCCCAAUCACCUUUUCACUACACUUGAUUGAAUUGAAAUGAUUGUUUCUUUGGAAUUCAAAUACACACUCCUCUCCCUGCGAGUCAGUGUUAAUCAGUGAAUGUGUUGCUAUUCUUACAUGGAAAUAAAAAGCAACUAUAACAUAACCAGA